AUGCCGGAGAUCACCAAGACUGUGAAGUUCGACAACAUUGCUCGCGAAUGGCGCUGCAAGUGGGCGGAUGACAACGACAAGGCUGCGCUGACCGCUGCGCAGGCUGCCCUGGACGACAUCCUGGCUGACCUGAGCUCCGUCGAGGGUGUUAGCUCCGUGCAGCGCGUAGUCUGCGGCGGCUGCCUCGACUUCAAGGUGGUGACUAAACUGUCGGCGGCCGCCUUCGGUGAGUGGGAGAAAACUAAGUUUGCCCCCGAGGAAGAGUUCCUGUCCAAGCUGAAGGGCAUCAAGGGCAUCUCCAACGUUGAGACCCAGACUUACACGCUGGAGGAGGUCAAGAUGAACAAGAAGGACAUCAAGAAGGCUCAGGAGAAGAAGGAGAAGGAGGCAGCCGAGAAGGCCAAGGAUGAGCCAAAAGCCCCUGAGGAUCCGGCCAAGAAGCUGAAGAAGGUCAUCAAGGAAGGCGGCAAGCGCGGAGUCGAGAUUGAGGGUGCCGCUGACAUGGGUGGCCUGCAGUCGCGAGUCUCAAAGCUUCAAAGCGCCUGGAUAUGUCUCUAA